UACAAAGUUUAAUGUGCCUGGAUCCAUCAAUAUCUACAAAAAACUUAAUUUCUUGCGUAGUGAUAUCUUAAUGAUGAAAACGGUGAAAUUUUAUUACCUUUGAAACAUCAAGUUGAAAACUUAUACGACUAUUGACAUGUAUUUUCCCAUAAAAAUUGAUUUGUGGAGGAUUAUUUUCCUUUUUCUGUUUCUUGAUGUAGAUGGUUAGACAGAGGCCAGAAAGAGAAUACAGUAAUAUCUCUAGACGUUGCCUUUCCCAGACAGGGGGGCCUCGAGAGAGGAGGUGUAAAAAAAAGACAACUCACCUGAGUCAUAGAUGUUGGACUCAUCUAAAGAAUUUGACAGACUUGGAGAUUAGACGAGCGAUUCGCGAGAAUCGUGAUCAGCCACCGAGGGCAGCGAGGCGGGCCCCUUUACCUAGGGCACGAUGUGUGGCAAAUACUCUGAGAAAUGAAAGGUGCAAGAGGUUCGGGAAACCUGAUCAAGAGAAUAUGUGCAGCCAGCACUAUAACAUGCGGCGGCGGCAAGAGAUGGAAGGAGACAUGGAGGAGGUGAUGAUGGAGGAGGCAGGAGGCGUUGAAGAGGUUGGAGGUGUGAUGGAGGGAGGAGUAGGGGGUGAGGGGGAGCAGGGAGGGGAGGACGAGUGGGAUAUGGUGGUGCCGGAGGUUGGGGCGGAGGUGGUGGUGGGCGAUGUGGGCGGGGAGGAGUCAUCAACAGUUUCUCUGGAUCCUGCUUGUCACCCAGAAUGUGAGGACUCAAGCAUCAGGUUCCGACACUGGAUGGAUGAGAAGCAGAUUUCAUUGGAUCAGACUGAAGAAUCUACAGAUGUGGAUUUGAAGAGUGCUGAUGCCCAAGGAUCUGCAGAUGUGGAUUUUGAAGAGUGCUGUUGCACAAGAAUCUGCAGAUUUGGAUUUUGA